GAACUCUCAGAGCCGCGCAAGUGGCCGCGCGAUACGGCACGGGUGUUUGAAAACGAUUGAUAAGAGCACCGCGCACCAUGUGUACUAAGAAAAAUGCAAAAUUUUUGUGGAUUCUUUGUGUCGUAUUGGUUUUUCUCGGACUCGGCCUGCCGUUCGGAAGCUGUCAAAAUGCGGAACCGCGGGAAUCGUUCGGCAGGAAAAGCGUCGCGAGGAAGAUAGACGUGCUGCGGGACGAGUUGCAGGCUGACGAUGCCGAUCAAUCGUACACCUGGGAUGCGUCUCGCGAGAGCAAAAAGGUACUCGAUGAGAACGGGAGUUCUCUCUCGUCUCGGAACGCGGCAGAGGUGCCGGAGACUGAAGCAGAAACGACGCCUCGGGCUGACGGUAAGAGGAACAAGGUCCUUGUUCCCACAGAAGAUGCAUCUACUAAUUCAUCCCUUCGGUCGCCCGUGAAUAGCACGCCAACGUCGACGAGUCGUCGGAAGGGAAACGGCGGCGACAGAGCCCGCAAAAAACGUCGCAGAGGCAAGGAGUCCAAGACCGGUGACGUGGACCGUCAACGUGAAUCCACGGAAGAUGUUCGCGAGAACGAAGUCAGAGGGAAAGGUGGCGGUCAGUCGAAGAAAUCAAAAGACUCUCCAGGGAGAAGGUAUCGCGCCGAGCGACGAAGAAGAAGGAAGAAUCGCGACAGAAAACGGGGAAGGAAGAGAUCCAGACAGAACGAAACGAAAACCGAGGGGCAGAGGGCUUCCAAGUUCAAAAGACGAAUGAACGAUGCACCGGCCGCGUUGGUUCUCGAAAAACUGGAUGGUCCCGCGAUCGAAGACGUUCUCAACUACAAUUCUUCGAAUUGGAGAAACGAGCAGUCAUUUUCAAAUAGCUCUGUCCCCGAUUUCCCUAACGUCACGGCGUCGUUAAAUCUUCAGGAUCAGUUAACCACAGAGGCUACCAAACGAUCCGCACAGACGACCUCGCGUUACAAAAACUACGAGGACACCGUGGAAAGAGAAUUCUCCAAGCAGCUAGAGAGGGAGAUUUCCAGGACGCAGAGGGAGGAUCCAGCGAGCUUGGAGAACCGUAUUCUGGGCAGCACGUUGACGGAAGUUUCGCACACGAACAACGAACGCAGGGAACAGAGCUCCAACAGUCGAGGGGAAUCAAGGUUCGGUAGCUCGAGGUACGACGCCGAGAAAAUGCUUGGUUACUCGCGAACGGCGGAGGACUUGCCAAUUCUUGACCUGGAGAAUGAAGUUCUAGCGAGGACUCUGAAGGAUUACAACGCUUACAUGACGUCGAACUUGAAAUUAUCCGUGUCGCCGCGCCAUGGGCAAAACGACCGACGGAAAUCUGGCGGAUCCCAUCUUCACGAUAAACCCAUAAUUGACGGAACGGAGUUCGGGAGACUGGGCGGAAAGAAGAGCAUGGAAACGGCAUACACCACCUUGACGUACGACGACGAUACCAAGGGAGAUUUAUCAUGCAUAAACGGGACUUUCCUGCCGGCGCCCCUUGUACGGCAUGCGCUGAUCAAAUAUGUAAAGUCAUCGAUACCAGAUCACGAGUAUUUAGAAGCUGACUACGAGUGCGCUCCAGGAUUCUACAUGACGACCACGACGAAUAGAUUGUUCUGCAAGAAUCGUCAAUGGAUAGGACAACUGCCACAGUGCAAGGUGAAGCAGAAGCCCGAAGGUGCUUGCAUAGGGGCGUCCUGUGACCAUGUUUGCAGGGACUACGAUGGCAAACCAAGGUGUUUCUGUUACAAAGGUUACCGACUAGAAGGCAAUUUAUGCAUCGAUGUGGACGAAUGCGAGGAUAACAAGGGAGGUUGUGAGCAUAAAUGUGUGAACACGCCGGGAUCUUUUCAUUGUGAGUGCCCAAAGGGAAUGAAACUACGCCAGGACAGGUUCACGUGCAGGGACAUCAACGAGUGUCUGUUGAACAACGGACACGGGCCAUGUCAGGAUACGUGUCGGAAUACGAUAGGAGGGUAUGAAUGUUCCUGCGAUGGUCUACAGGAUACUGUCCUGUCACCAGAUAACCACACAUGCCAGGACUCAGGUCCGUGCAGCGACAACAACGCCGGAUGCUCCCAUACCUGUCUCUCCACGAAGGGCAGGGUGUUCUGUCUUUGUCCUGACGGUUUCGUUCUGGAGGACGACUGGAAAACUUGUCAAGACGUGGAUGAGUGCUCCCAGCCUGACUUACAAACGGAAAUGUGUCGCUACGGUUGCAUCAAUACUCCAGGAUCUUAUCGAUGUGCCGAGCCAAUGGAGCUGAAGAAUCAACCGAUACUGGACAGCUUGUCGAUCACCUGCCUCCCUGGUUACGAGGCCACCCCCGAUGGAACUUGUAUCGACAUCAACGAGUGCACGGUCGACAACGGUGGAUGCACAGAAGUUUGCGAGAACACGGAUGGCAGCUUCUUCUGUGCUUGCGACGGUGAUGAAAAAGUCUUGUCAUCCGACGGGAAGUCCUGCGUGGAUGUAAUCAGUAUAUCCUGCCCACCGCUGAAUCCAGAGGGUCGAGGGUAUUUAAUGUGUUCUCAUAUGGCCACACCGAAGCCGUGGAGGGGUAGACGAAAGAUCACCAAUCGACCAGGUACCAAGUGUUUCUUAAAGUGUCCUCAUGGGUACCAACUUCACGGAGAAUACGAAUUAUCUUGUCAGUCGGAUGGCACGUGGGACGGACCGAAACACGGCGAGUGUGUCAGGUAUGGUAAGCCUCGUUUAGAGUGUCCCAAAGACGUCAUCGCCGAGCUACCGCCAAGCCAUGACGAGGCGUUCGUGACGUUCGAUCAACCGUCUACGGACCUCGAUUGGUUCCGGUACGUUCGCUCGAAACCCUCCUGGGGGACCAGGUUGGAAGCCAGCCUGACGUUAGGGGUGCAUGAGAUCACGUUCUACGCGAGACACCCGGUAUCGAAGAUGCAGGCCAGUUGCGUGUUGCGCAUCGUCGUUAAAGACGGUGAAGCGCCGAAAGUAAAAGACUGUCCAAAUGACAUAGAGGUCACCGGGAGAAAUGGAUCAGUGAUCACGUGGACCGAGCCAAUUUUCACGGACAAUGUGAAAGUGACCCGGAUUAGAAGCAACGAGAGUCCAGGACGACGAUUCAACGUCGGCGGGCACAGAAUAGAGUAUGAGGCUAGCGACGAAGCCGGCUGGUCGAGUAAAUGCGUGUUUACCGUAGUUCUGCGGCAAGAGUGAGUCCUGGCGAGCUUCGUCAGGUGAGCGUCAGAA